AUGACGUGCUUUACUUGGGAGGUGGAUUUAAAACUUGUGAGACAUCAUUUUGAAGCCAUAAUGAGUGCCAAAAGAGACUUAAUCCCAUUGAAACUCUUCAAAGUUUACCCUACCUCCACAUCCGCCAUCACUGCGACUUUCAAACCAACUAUCGCAGCUACAACAUCCACAGCAACAACCACUGCUACGCUGAAUUCAGACCGUGAAGUUGACGAAAGUUUACGUGAAACGUCAGGCAAAGCUGCUGUUACAGCGACUUCUGGGGCCUCAGUAGAACCACCAAAAACGUCAAAAAAUGAAGAAAAGUUCAACGAUUUGUACAAAGGACUCUCGCCAGUUCUAGCCGAUUCAGACUCCCCUUUAGGUCUGCCCGAGCUGCUGCGAGAGGAAAAUAUUCAUCGGGAUUUGCACUCCCCGAAUUUGCACUCCCCGAAUAUGCCGCAAGAGUUAAUUCCUCGGCUUGUAUUUGAUUUUGAGGAGAACCCAUCAAUUUCAAUUCAUAAUUCGCGAAGAAAAAAUAAAAUUGUUUAUUUUAGCACGGCUGUGGGGUUUGCGCUCCUCUCUGUGGCACUGCUGGUAGGUUUCUUGGUGAAACAUCUCCAAGAUGAAGACAACACGUCGAACAUGAUGCAGACCAACUACUCACUGACAACUAAUGAAAAUUAUUCUGAAAUGUCAUUAAAUAAAAGUUAUUUUGAGGAAAUAACAAAUUCAUAUAAAAGUCAUUCAGUUACCAUUUUCCCAAUGAAUUAUUCAGCAACAACAGACUUUUAGGAACAACGUGAGAGGAAUUACGAUUAAUUUGAAAAUUAUUAUGCAGUGGCCAGUAUUUUGAGCAAUUAAUUAUUUAUGAUAGAAAUAAAUAAUGUCAAUGGAAAGUUUCAAAAAAUAGUUACAUUUAAAUGUGAUUUGUAUAAAUUCUCCACACAUAACUAUUUUAACACUGUGUGGGC